GAUGGGGAGCAAAGGAACUUAAAUAGAGUUGGAGGGGAGCAAAGGAACAUAAAUAGAGUUGGAGGGGAGCAAAGGAACAUAAAUAGAGUUGGAGGGGAGCAAAGGAACUUAAAUAGAGGUGGAGGGGAGUAAAGGAACAUAAAUAGAGUUGGAGGGGAGCAAAGGAACAUAAAUAAAGGUGGGGGAGCAAAGGAACAUAAAUAGGGGUGGAGGGGAGCAAAGGAACAUUGGACACAAUGGGGAUGAGGCCGGACUAGAGAGGGAGCAGCAGCAGCUCCAGUGUUUAGGCCCCUCCCGGCACCAGUAGCAGCAGUAAAGCAGUAAAGCAGCGCGGGCAGCAGGGGGAGCCUCCUCUCCGGUGAUCAGUGAUCCGUCUCUCGGGCGCUAUGAGGCUGUUGGCCGGUGCGGGUCUGUGUUUGGCUCUGGCCGCUCUCGCCCUUCUGGCCGUGGCUCUUUGCACCGACCACUGGUACGAGACGGACGCCCGGAGGCACCGGGACCGCUGCAGAAAACCCGGAGGAAAGCGGAACGACCCCGGCUACAUGUACACCCCCGGCCAACACCUUCCCCUCCGCGGAGACCCCCCGGGCGGCGGCAGCAGCAGAGUCCGGAGCCCUCGCGGUGGGGAGUCGGGGGGAGUCCGCACCAUUUCCAGGGCAGAGGCUUUGGGGGUCGCGGAGCUUCGGGAGCGACCCACCGGGGACCUACCCCUCUCCAGACCCUAUUUGGCCACCGACCCUCACUGCAGCCGCCGCUUCAACUCCACCGUGUCCGGACUGUGGCGCAAAUGUCACCGGGACGGAUUCGAUAAAGACACCGAGGAGCUGAUCCUGAGAGGAAUCGUUGAGCGUUGCACUCCGGUCCGUUAUUAUUACACAUCGUCCUCCCUGCCCCCCAACUUGUCCAUCAACGUAACCAAGACCAUCCGCCAAGAUGAAUGGCACGCACUGCAUCUGCGCAGAAUGACGGCCGGCUUUAUAGGAAUGGCCGUGUCCAUUAUCCUGUUUGGGUGGCUGGUCGGAGUGCUGGGCUGUUGCAAGCAGCAUGAUCUCAUGCAAUACGUGGCCGGGCUCCUAUUCCUCAUGGGAGGAACCUGCUGUAUCAUAUCCCUCUGUACCUGCGUCGCUGGGAUUAACUUUGAGCUCUCCCGGUAUCCUCGCUCCAUAUACUCUCUGCCGGAGGAAAUCAGUCACGGUUACGGCUGGUCUAUGUUCUGCGCAUGGGGCGGCCUGGGACUCACCCUUCUGUCCGGAUUCCUCUGCACUUUGGCUCCAUCCCUCAACGCGUCACAAUCGGCCGUACACAAACCACGGCAGGAGAACGGGGCGGUCUGACAGGGAGAGAGAAGCGAGACCCCCACUCAGGGGCUGGACUAAACAUAUGACUUGGGGCAUUUGUGGGCCUCAACGGGAAGUUUUUCUGUCCAACUGUUUGUUUGGUCUGACCAUGUGGUUUUGCUUGUGAAAAGUGCAGAAGUCCGAACCUCACGUUUAUAAAAUGGAAUUGCGCGGAGGGAAACUUUUGUUUUUUUUUCUGCAAGGCCGAAAUCCCAUCAGUGCCGCAAGGAGGAACUUCAACAGUGCUGUUGCCUCCCCAAUUCAAGAGAAGUGAAGCCUAUACAGCUGUGUGGUUUAGACAUUUUAGUUUCUUUGAGGAUAGCCAUCUCCUUCAGCUUCUACACUCCUUCUUCAGAGACACUGGGGUGUAAGACCGGUGCCAGCUAUCGGUUAUGGGAUCAGUAUUUGGGACUUUUGUAUACACAACCGUUAAUUGCUUUUUAAUACAGUCCAAAAAUGCAGCUUUUCCAAUUGAAUUUCAGUUUUCCUAUACGAGGAACGGAGUAUCAAAGCGCCCUCAUCAAUUCUGGAACCAUCAGACCCAAGCGAACCUCCUGCAGUGCCUUUAAGUAGGCCGGACAAGCCUACACGAGCUCAGGCUGAGAUGAUACAGAGGCAACAUGGAAAAAAAAAGACAAAAAGGCACACACAGGGUUAGUCCUUCCACUGCUUAAUGCGGAAUUGGCUGGAACCUCACAAAAGGUUGUGGGAAUGGAGAGAAGUUGGGGGUUGGGUUUGUGGUCCAUGACGAUUAUAAGAAGCACAUAGACUUAGGUUUUGUAUCGUCACUGCUAAUUGCUCAUCUAUUCUGAUUGAAUUGUUAUAUAAUAUGAAUUAUAUGUAGAUCUGUCUGGUGCUGGUCAGGAAUGAACAGAAGGCCCAAGGUUACCCAACUAUCUGGAUUGCUGUGUAGGUUUUUUUUAGUCUAGGAUGAUUCUUUUGGGUCCAUCAUUUUUUUUUUUUAAUUACGGAACCUGUAGAUAACAUGUAAAUAAUCGAAUAUAAUAAAAAGCCUAUCAGUCCUUGCCCUGCUCCAUGAACACAGCCAAAGGCUAAUAGUCCAUUAAUUGGGUAAUUCACCCGUGCCACGUAUCCAACCUACGCAUGAAAGCCCACCUCCAAGGUCCGUUAGGGUGAGAUUUUGGAAAAACAAAAUAUUCUUGUACCUAUGGCUGAAUCACUGACACCCCCAAUGUUUUCCUGUAUCUGUAUCCUUGCUAUGAGCUAAGGUGGAAGGGGGUCGAGUAAAGGUGAGAACUCCCUGGGGAAAGACUGAAAAUAAAUCCAACUGCCACAUUUUGGCACUUUUGCCUUUAUGAAACAAAUACAGAGAACAAGGAGUCUACUUGGGCCAAGAUUUGCAAGUGGGACUACUGCUGCAGGGAAGAGGCUUUCAAAUACAAUUUGCCAUUGUUUCUUUUUUUUUAAAUUUAUUUAUAAAAUUUUAUUUUAUAUUUGUUCUGUAAAUCUCAAAACUGACAGUUAAAUGGCUGCCUGGUUGCUCGGGUCACUGGCUCCUUGCAGCAGUUUGCAUUACAGACUGGAAGAUCAAUAAUGGUCUUAAAGAACAUAAUAAAAAUCUUACCGUA